AUGUCAAAUAAAUCUAGUAAAGCUUUUCACCCCAAUUUUGACACCCUCUUUUACUUUCCUCCAGUUGAUGCAUUUCCAAAGGAAGCAACUUUUUCUGCAAUCUUUAGCCAAUUUUCUAGAACUGACAAGUGUGCUUUAAGAAGGUUUGUGUUUGAUGCAUCCGCGGUAGCCAGACUCAAGGCCGAGGCAGCAAGCUCCGGUGUACAAAAUCCGACAAGAGUAGAGCUUGUGACUGCAAUUCUAUGGAAAACCACCAUGUCCGCCUUGGAGGCAAAAGCUGGCAUUCGGAGGCCACAUUUGGUAACUCAUGGCGUCAACUUGCGACGAAGAGCUGUGCCAGAAUUCCCAGAAUCACUUGUGGGAAACUUGUUUAAGCUUGAUAAGGUUAUAAAGGAGAUGAUAACUGGAGCAGCUCCUCCUGGUGGGUUAUUGGAAUAUACUUCGUUUGAUAGUUGGUGUAAUCUUGGCCUCUACACAGUUGAUUUUGGAUGGGGAAAUCCUUGGUGGAUCAGUUGUGUUCCGGUUCUUGAUUCGUCGGCUACGACAAGUUUCACAAAUCGGAUUUUUCUUAUGGAUUCAAGACCCAGCAAUGGAGACUGUGGAGUCGAAGCAUGGGCGUAUAUUGAGGAAGAAGAAAUGGCUAUACUAGAAAAUGAGAUGGAGCUCCUAGCUUUGGGUUCCAUGGAUUCAAGUCCCAUUGAGUCCUGCAAACUGUGA